UUGGAGUAAUUUUCAAUAAAAUCUUUUCCAUUAAAUUGUGUCUAAAAUUAGUGAAUUUAAAGCUGUUUUGUUGUUUCAUUAUGACAAUUACAACUAAUCAAAAUAAAUUAUCAAUCACGGAAUAAUAAGUGAAGUAUAUUCGAAAUUAGAUUAGGAUAAAUUAGACUAUCAUUGAAUAUGAGUUAAUAAAAAACAAUAUUAAUGGACAAGGAAUUGACAAAUAAACCCUUUGAAAUUUGGGGAAAUAAAAUAAGAAGCAUAAAUCAGAUGAAAAAUUGGAGUCUAAAAUAUAGGAUGAAAAUUUUACGGCUAAAAUUAGAUGAGUGCUAAAAAAUACUUAAAAAAUGAGAGGCGUCACCUUCAUCACAACCGAAUAUUCCAGGGUUUUGCAUGAGUUCAUCGCUGCAAUGUUCGGGAAAAUAAUUUGUUUCGAUGGGAAUAAAAUGACUCAAAAGCUUUGGCAUUGAAAACCUUAAUGAUUUAAGCAAGGAGAAAGAGAGGAUGGGUAAUCAAUGUCAAUGGCAUCUGUGGUUUGUGUUGGCGAUAACAUGCUUUGUGAGUCAAAAUUAUGUAGCAGGGGAGCUUGAGAGAGUUCAUCUGAAGGCGCAGCCGAGGAACGGCAACAGCAGCAAAGGCGAUGGUUUCCUUGGCUUUUUGGUGGUCGGUGAUUGGGGUAGAAAAGGGGCUUUUAAUCAAUCACGAGUUGCAUUCCAGAUGGGAAAGAUCGGAGAAAAAUUAAAGAUAGAUUUUGUGGUAUCGACGGGAGAUAAUUUUUAUGACAAUGGGUUGAACAGCCAACAUGACCCUGCGUUCCUACAAUCCUUCACUAAUAUUUACAAAUCCAAGAGCCUGCAAACCCACUGGUUCAGCGUUUUGGGGAACCAUGAUUAUAGGGGUGAUGCAGAGGCUCAAUUCAGUCCUUUUCUCCGACAAAUUGACUCCAGAUGGUUUUGUUUACGAUCCUUCAUCGUCAAUGCUGAUUUGGCUGAGAUCAUCUUUGUGGAUACCACACCUUUGGUGAAGAGUUAUUUUCUAAACUCAGACAAUCACACUUAUGACUGGCGCGGUAUAAUACCUCGCAAACGCUACAUUACAAAUCUAUUGAAGGAUGUGGAGUGUGCAUUGAGAGAAUCAACCGCAAAAUGGACGAUAGUUGUAGGACACCAUGCAAUUAGAAGCAUUGGGUUCCAUGGUGACACCGAGGAACUCGUAAACUACCUCCUCCCUAUUCUCAAGGCUAACAACGUUGAUUUUUACAUCAACGGCCAUGAUCAUUGCCUGCAACACAUCAGUGACACUAACGGCCGCAUGGAGUUCCUAACAAGUGGAGCAGGGUCCAAGGCAUGGAGGGGAGACAUGAAGAAACAAAGGAGAGAGGGACUAAGGUUCUUCUAUGAUGGCCAAGGCUUUAUGUCUCUUCAAUUGUCCCAAUUUGAUGCCCACAUUGCCUUUUAUGAUGCUUACGGCACCGUUUUGCAUACUUGGAAUGUGUGGAAACCCAUUUUUCACUCAUCCAUGUAACUAAAAAUAUUCACGAGACCAGUUGAACUGAGUUAUUGUAUGUUAUUAAUACAAAACGUUUAUUUAAACUUGAUUUA